CGGCCAGAGCUGAGCUUGUGAGCGUUUGCGCGUGAGAGCGAGGGCUGCACCGUGCUCGGCGCGGAACCCGCCAGCCCCAGCGCAGGUCGCCGCAGCCUGAGAGCCUCCCGCCUGCGCCCACGGCACGCGCGGCACAGCCAUGAACACCAACGAUGCCAAGGAGUAUCUGGCCCGGAGGGAAAUACCUCAGCUUUUCGAGAGUCUUUUGAAUGGGCUGAUGUGUUCUAAGCCCGAAGACCCAGUGGAGUACUUGGAAAGUUGUUUGCAGAAAGUAAAGGAACUCGGCGGCUGUGACAAGGUGAAAUGGGAUACGUUUGUAAGCCAGGAAAAGAAGACCUUACCUCCACUCAAUGGAGGACAGUCACGGAGAUCCUUUUUAAGAAAUGUAAUGCCUGAAAAUUCAAACUUUCCAUAUCGACGGUAUGAUCGGCUCCCUCCAAUCCAUCAAUUCUCCAUAGAAAGUGAUACGGACCUCUCCGAGACUGCCGAGUUAAUUGAGGAGUAUGAGGUUUUUGAUCCUACAAGACCUCGACCCAAAAUCAUUCUUGUCAUAGGUGGUCCAGGAAGUGGAAAGGGUACGCAGAGUUUGAAAAUCGCAGAACGUUAUGGAUUUCACUACAUUUCAGUGGGAGAAUUGUUAAGGAAGAAGAUCCACAGUACCAGCAGCAAUAGGAAAUGGAGUCUUAUUGCCAAAAUAAUUACAACUGGAGAAUUGGCCCCACAGGAAACAACAAUUACAGAGAUAAAACAGAAACUGAUGCAAAUACCUGAUGAAGUGGGCAUUGUUAUCGAUGGAUUCCCAAGAGAUGUUGCCCAGGCUCUGUCUUUUGAGGAUCAAAUCUGUACUCCCGACUUGGUGGUGUUCCUGGCUUGUGCCAAUCAGAGGCUCAAAGAAAGAUUACUGAAGCGUGCAGAGCAACAGGGGCGACCUGAUGACAACCUGAAAGCUACCCAAAGGAGACUGAUGAACUUCAAGCAGAACGCUGCUCCGUUGGUUAAAUACUUCCAGGAGAAGGGGCUCAUCAUGACAUUUGAUGCCGACCGGGACGAGGAUGAGGUAUUCUAUGACAUCAGCAUGGCAGUUGACAGCAAGUUAUUUCCAAACAAAGAGGCUGCAGCGGGUUCAGGUGACCUUGAUUCUUCGAUGAUGUUGGACACUGGAGAGAUCAUUGAUACAGGAUCUGAUUAUGAAGAUCAGGGUGAUGACCAGUUAAAUGUAUUUGGAGAGGACACCAUGGGAGGUUUCACAGAAGAUUUGAGAAAGUGUAAAAUUAUUUUCAUAAUCGGUGGCCCAGGCUCUGGCAAAGGCACACAGUGUGAAAAGCUAGUGGAAAAAUACGGAUUUACACGCCUCUCCACUGGUGAGCUGCUGCGGAAUGAGCUGUCAUCAGAGUCUGAGAGAAGCAGGUUGAUCAGAGACGCCGUGGAACGUGGGGAGCUGGUGCCCUCGGGCGUCAUCCUGGAGCUCCUGAGGGAGGCCAUGGUGGCCGGCCUCCGCGGCACCAAGGGCUUCCUGAUCGAUGGCUACCCUCGGGAGGUGAAGCAAGCGGAAGGGUUCGGACGUCGGAUUGGAGACCCGCACUUGGUGAUCUGCAUGGACUGCUCGGCAGACACCAUGACCAACCGCCUUCUCCAGAAGAGCCGGGGCAGUGCGCGUGCCGACGACAGCACCGCCACCAUCGCCAAGCGCCUUGAAACCUACUACCGAGCCUCCAUCCCCGUGGUCGCCUACUAUGAGACGAGAACACAGCUGCAUAAGAUCAAUGCUGAGGGGACACCAGAGGAAGUUUUUCUUCAACUCUGCACAGCUAUUGACUCCAUUUUCUGAAGGCAAAAAUGCAUGUGUGUUAAGGAGAAUGAAGACAGAAGAAUAUUAAAAGGUUCAUCUCGUAACAGUGUUACAACUUAAACCUUUUGUGUCCUGCCCCGCCGCCCUCCAAAUCCUGACAUUGCCAUUUGCUUCCCAGCUUGACCUGACAGGUGUCUGGAAACCAUGCAUGGUGUAUUUGGUAUUACUCGACCUUGUCUUCAUAAGUCAGGCAGCUGUCUGCACUCACAGCACGCACACCUUCCUGUCACCUCAGAGCUGCAUUAGGAUGUGAACAGCAGUGCAGUGCAUUGCCCGUCUGUGUCAGCUGUGCCUUCAGGACUUGCUAGAGUCUGAUCAUUUGGUUCUACUUUCAUCAAAUAGGGAGUUCGCCUCCCUAGCGCCCCAGCACAUCUUCCCUCCUCUCCCCAAGCUCUGUGUGCCGUUAGGUGACGAAGGCCCUUAAGAAGGGGGGGCAGGCCUGGGCAUCUUCCUUGGAGAGCUGUUUGUUUCAAGUCUCAUCCAGCUCCGAGCCAGAGUGACUGGGUUGACAAAGACAAAACUACUUGCUGAUGAGAAAUGUGAUUAAAUCUGAAAAAUGUGAGAAAUUUUUUAAAUGUGAAAUUGUAGCUUUUGCAAGAUAGCAAAAUCCAGACUAGUCACCAAUAACAUUUCUCUGUCCAUUUCUAUGAAACCGGCUACUUGGAAUAUUGUCACACUGGCUAGGAGAACAAAUCAGAUAAAUUGUUGGGCCUCUUCUAUACGUGGUGGUGUAUUUUGGGAAUUAUGCAUUAAUACCAAUGACCAAACAUAAUUUAAAAGUAUGAAGUGACUUGCUACUGCAUUCACUGUUCUGAUGUCAACUUACGGUUUUGGUUUGAUCACUUAUUUAUCUGUUGCCAAACGAGUAAGAGAUACAGUAAUAAAACUGACGGUGGUGGGAGAGGCACGGCAGUACACGGUGUUUAACGGAUUCCAGUGCGUUAUUUGUUCCAUACAGGCUUUUGCAGGGUUUUGCAAACCUUAUCAUAACCACAUGUAAAACUGUGUUUCCUUGAAUCAAACCAGUGAAGUUUGGGUUCUCUUUUGUGCUGUCAGUUGCCAAAUCAGAUAGAUAUUCUACUGGGAUAACUGCAUCUUCCGUCACAUCCAGUCACUACAAAAGACCUUGGUUUCAGUUUGCAUGAUUUUUUUUUUCCUUUAAUGGUUGUGCAGAUAAGGCUCCAUUUCUGGGACAGAACUGUAUUUUCAAAGUUCUUUUUUUUUUCUCUUGAAAUGGAUAUGUACAAAUAAAAUAAAUGGAACACAG